GUGGAAGAACGACGAGGCAGCAUGGCAACGAUCCAGGCGACCGCCAUCGAGGCGAUGGACGAAGCGGACGUGUACGAGCUCAUGUACCACAUGAAGCACUUCUGCGAGACCAAGCCCGAGGAGGCGGCGCAGAUGCUCAACGAGCACAUUGAGUUUGCGCGGGCGCUCGCGCAGGCCCAGCUCCGCCUCGGAAUGUACGACGCCCAAGCCGCCGAAGCUGCGACGCAGCCCACGGCGCCGACCAGCAGUCAGCGCCCUGUCGAGCUGCAGUUGGACCGCGAGCAGCAAGAGCUCCUUGAACAAGUCCAGAACCUCGCGCCCGAAAUCAUCCAAGCGCUUCCGUUCGAGCAGCGCAAGCAGAUCAUGGAGCUUCGCGAGGCCAUGGGGCUGCCACCCGUCUAGAAGCGACGUCGAAUCCAGUGCCAAUACACAUAUCUAUUAGAUCGACAUGCAGCUACUCCUCGG